UGCAAAUGUGCAGUUGCGACAGGAUCAUAUGGCUCAUGAAUGUUGGUCAGGGUCACAGCAGCUGACCUGCUGAUGGCAUUUCACUGCUGAUGCUGCGAAUCCGCUUCCUCUCAGGGGCGGUGGUUGCUGACGUUCAGCCAGAUGACAUGACUCCUAUACUCCAAAGUGACAAACCUGUGAGGGCAUUGAAAGAACACCUGGUAGCUCGGACUGGAACUUCCCGAUUUCGACAACGACUCUUGGAUGAUCAUAUUGAGUUGCAGGAUGAUUCUCCAUUGACCGCAAUAUCAGAGCUGCAGCUGGUGAUCUUGGAUUUUCAAGAUGCAGAGGCUGCAAGAAACAGAGCAUUCGUAUCAGCAUGUGGGGACCAGCUGCUGCUGGCCGAAGUUGAAUCCAUCCUUCAAAUGCCCCAUGAUCCCAACAUACCAGAUCUAGAACUAGGCCGAGGAGCCAUCCAUGUUGCAGCUGAGAAUGGCCACUUGGAGGUGGUGAGACUCUUACUGGAGGCGAGUGUCGACAAGGACUCUUUAGACCAAGAUGGCAAAUCAGCUUUGCACUGGGCAAGUAGGAACGGACACCUAGAAGUGGUGCGAGAAUUUCUUGAGGCAGGGGCUGAGAAGGAGGCUGCAGAUGAACAUGGUGACACAGCUUUGCACUGGGCAAGUAGGAACAGACACCUAGAAGUGGUGCGAGAAUUGCUUGAGGCCGGAGCUGAGAAGGAGGCUGCAGAUGAAGAUGGUGUCAGGGCUUUGCAUUGGGCAAGUCACAACAGACACCUAGAAAUGGUGCGAGACUUGCUUGAGGCAGGAGCUGAGAAGGAGGCUGCAGAUGACGAUGGUUUCACAGCUUUGCACUUGGCUAGUAGCAACGGACACCUAGAAGUGGUGCGAGAAUUGCUUCAGGCAGGAGCUGAGAAGAAGGCUGCAGAUGAACAUGGUUCCACAGCUUUGCACUUUGCUAGCAACGGACACCUAGAAGUGGUGCGAGAAUUGCUUGAGGCAGGAGCUGAGAAGGAGGCAGCAGAUGAACAUGGUUCCACAGCUUUGCAUUUUGCUAGUAGCAAAGGACACCUAGAAGUGGUGCGAGAAUUGCUUGAGGCAGGAGCUGAGAAGGACGCUGUUUGCAAGAAUGGCACCUCAGCUUUGCACUGGGCAAGUUCGUCUUGCCACUUGGAAGUGGUGCGAGAGCUGCUGAUGGCAAGAGCUCAGAAAAAUGCUGCAGCACAACAUGGCGACACAGCCUUGCAUUGGGCAAGUAGAGAAGGUCACCUAGAAGUGGUGCGAGAAUUGCUCCAAGCAGGAGUUGAGAAGAAUGCUGCAACACAUGGUGGUGAUACAGCUUUGCACGCAGCCUGUGGACCGGGUCACCUAAACGUGGUGCAAGAAUUGCUUCAGGCAGGGGUUGAAAAGGAAGUUGCAGCCAAAGAUGGCUGCACACCUUUGCACCUUGCAAGCCUCUACGGCCACGUAGAAGUGCUCCAAGAACUGCUCGCUUCAGAGAACUAGCUGCCAAAGCCGCUGACGUUCGCUGCAGCUGACAUUCGCUGGUUCGCUUCGGCAGCACCUCUCGGUCGCAGUUUCCGAGACAUGGGCGCUCUCCAAGUUCCAAGCCGGUCGGUUGGAAACGUAGUCUUUAGUUUCCCUGGGACCUUCUCAGAAGGUACUUG